AUGACCACUUGCUUACACGUCCCAGGAGACUCCGUCGACAUGAACUCCCCCGCCAUCCGCUUCCACCGCUGCCCUCCCAACGCCCUCCACGGCCUCGAGCUCCACCCCGCCUCAGACUCCGACCGGCAAGGAUACGGCGCCUUCAACAUGGCCGCCUUCUUCCAGUCUUUCCGUAGCUCCGCUAUGCCCAAGCGGCUGUUGCGCUAUGCCAUGGCUAGGCUGGACAUCUUCGAGGACGACGCUCUUGACCUAGACAACCUCGAUGCCGCCCUCGGCCUCAGGAAUACCUUCGAGUUCAAAGACGUUGGCCUCAAGGUCGAGAAAAUAAGAAGGCAUCUUAGCCUCCCCCCUGAGUAUCGAAUCAAAACGGCAAAGGUCUCCCGCCUGCAAAUCACCAUCCCGCUCGAUCUGUAUUCUAGCUCCAUCCAGGUCACCGCGUCCGGUGUUCGUAUAGGCCUGAUAGUUUCAACACGCGAUCAAGCGGUUGGAAGGCCCAAGAAAAGCGAUAAGCAGAAGUCAGGCUCGGACGUGGUCCCCACGGCUGCCGAUUUGGCACAGUCUUUUCUGGAAACCCAGCCAUCAAAGGAGAAGAAGGCUUUGGAGGAAGCCCUGGCCUCCGAGAGAACAGAUCUUGGGGCAUCCGUGGCAUCCAGUGAAGAUAGCAAUGAGGAAGAUCCAGCAUAUGGUACCGGGCAAGGGCUGUCCCUACCGGUCUUCCUGACAGACUUCUUGCAAGGCGUCCUCGACCGCAUGCUGGUCAAUAUAAGGGAUGUUGCCCUUCAGCUCGAAGCCGAUAUCCCGGUGGACCAGAAAAGUAACGAGACUGAACCAGUCACGCUACAAGUCACUCUUGACGAGCUCGAGGUCGAAGGCGUCACGGCGCAAGCCCGACAAGAUGGAACCGGCACGCGCAUCGUACCUAAGGACGGCAAGCGUCACAUAUUACUCAACACUAUCCGCGCCUCCCUCAUCUCGGAGGCAGACUUGUUAUCCAACCUUGCGAGGUCGCCGUCCAUGACUUCUGCGGCGUCGAGAUCUCCGGUGGUGACCGCCAAGAGUCCGUCAUCGAAUGUGGUGUCUUCCCAGGCCGAAAGCUCUCGCGAGGGCCUGAUCGCUGACGCCAGCGACGAUCUCUCCCAGAGCGAACGAUUGCUACAGGACAGCGAGGAGGCUUUUAACAUUCCUUAUGAGCUGGAUGACUCCAGCAGUACAGGAGACCAAGAGCAGGAACCUGCAUCGUCUUUAUCAACGCCGAGGGCCUCUGUCUAUCAUGACUUUAGUGGACAGCACGAGGAUAUUUCAGGUACUGCACCAGUGGACACAGAAGAGCCAUCUCUGUGGUCAUCAGCAUUGAGAGGCUCAGCAGACAAUGAGGAUAGGCAUGUUGCGGAUAUAUCCCUCCAACAAUCCAUCUCAUCUGAUUCUGCAAGUGAUGGUUCUGGAGCUCAACCUACGGACGAUCUCGCCCAAUCACAAUUGUUUAGCCACGAAGAGGCAGAGAGUAUGUACAUGAGCGCCUUCUCACAGGGAGAAUCUCAACAGCCAAGGAGUGGCUCGAUGCCAGGUGCAUGGGACUCAAAUCUCUCGACCCCUGAAGAUUCACCGGGAUCGGAGAGAAAUGUACCUUUACAGACGACUAGUAAUCCGACUCAACAUGAGGAAGAGGCUAGGCAACAGGACCCGACAAUAACUGACAGCAAGGAGCCGUCUACACCGAUGCGCUCAUCCCUGCAGGAAGAAUAUUUGCAGGGCGAGAAGGAUCCCUUCGUGGGACUUGAGUCAGCUGCUGAGCCCAGCAAUGCUGCCAUAUCAGACGAUUCUGAAAUUCAGGGCCCGAACAACAUUCUCCGAGAGAUUGUAUCUCUUCCGUCGAUUUCCAUAUACUUGCCGACCAAACAUAAGCAUAUCCAAGUAUCGAGCUCAGACGGGACGUCACAACUGGCAAACUCGGCUUUUCAAAAUGUUCCAGGGGCUUUCUCUGUCUAUUCGAACACAGGACCGACAUCGUUGCAUCUUGAACCUGAGCCGGAGCCCACGAAGACAGAGGAGGAUGAUGGAUCAAUUGAGAUCCACUUGACGCCUCUCGACAUUCGUUUCGAUGCUUCCGUCGGCUUUCUUCUCGUAAUGCUGGCCCGUCGGCUACUAGAGACUCUCAAAGCAUCACAGAAGCCGUCUGGAAGCCCCGAGGACGCGGUCGCACGGACAAGGGACUCGUCGAUGCCUGACAUCAAGCUUUCAGUGCAGAAGAUAUCGAUAUUGUUUCUCGAGAAGGUAAUUGGCAUUCACGCAACGAUGGCAAAGGCGCCGGGCCCUUCGAUACCGGGUUUCGAGGGCGAGACGCUCUUGAAAACUGAACUGGAGCAUCUGCAGGCCACUUUCUCCCAAUCUGACUCUGUGGCGGAGACCCAGAUUAGUCUUGCGAAAUUUCGGUUCGGGUAUCAAGACAGCGAUAUACUGUCAUUCGACCAGGAAGCACAGAUGCGAGCAUCAGUCAGAGAUGUGUUUCCGGAAGCCGGGGCAGAGAUCUCGAUCAAGAUAUCAGCCUCCAAGGAGAGCAACCGAUUUGAGAUAAACACACUUCCGCUUCGUGUGAACUUGGACCUGCAGCGGUUGGAUGAGACUUUCAGCUGGUUUGGUGGGCUAAGUGGCUUCCUCCAGAUGAGCUCUUCAAUGACUUCAAGUGGCUCGCCUGGGAAACCAAAGGCCAAAUCUGGCAAGCCAAGAGGAGUUCGCUUUGAUAUCCCAUCCCAGCCCGAGAGAACGGCAGCGGCCUCCGAAAGCAAAAUCGAUGUCCGAAUAGGCGGUUUGCAAGUCGACAUGGAAGGUAAGAAGUGUGGCGUUCGCGCUCGGACGACAGCUGUCAAGAUGGUGAGCCGGGACGGCAUUAUCGGGGUUGGAAUAAGCAAAAUCCAUGUGUCAGGGCCGUAUGGAGAACGAAUUCAUGGCGGUGCGCCUGUCAAUAUCACCCUAUCUAACGCGCGUAUCGACUACCUCCUUUUCCCUCGGGAAGAUGACUUGGAUCGACUCCUCGCUCUGAUUACCCCGUCAAAAGGCCAAUUCGACGACAAUGAGGAUGAAAUAAUGGUUGAUACGCUUCUGCGGCAGCGAAGGAAAGGAUCUGUUCUGAAAUUGACUUUGGACGACGUACAGGCACAGAUCACCAGAGUGCAUCAGCUCGACUCAAUCCCUUCCUUGGGGGAGGAUCUUGCUCGACUUGGAACCGUUGCCAAAUAUUUACCUGAGGAUGACCGACCUGGCCUGCUGACACUUGGUCUCAUCCAUAACCUGGAUGCUUCGGUGGAUGUUGGUGGCAGGUUCGGGAAAGUGAAUGCGCACCUAGCUGACCUUGAGCUGGCCCAUAUCGCCUUCCCGUCGCUAGCUGCCUUUGGAGUCCAAACUAUUAAAGUCGACAGAAACAGUAUCGAAGAGCUUGUUGGUUCAACUAUCGACUUGAAGACUGGCCUCCUCGCACAAUCACCGGUCCUCAUGGUGCGAGUAAUAGGUGAUGAAAUGGAACCUGUCAUCAAGGUCAGGAUGCGGAACAUCAACUUUGAAUACCGCGUUCCCACAAUAAUGGACGCACUGGGUUUGUCCUCGGAAACCACUCCCCAAGAGUUUGACGCAAUGCUGGCGGCCUCUGUGGCCAAUCUUGGAGAGCAGGCACAUACCGCACUGGUUGGGAACCCGCCGUCGCCAUCGCCACAUUCGCCUCAGGGCGGAACCACCAAGCCGACCGUCGUCAAUGUUGCUUUCCGUGACUGCCUACUUGGACUGAACCCCUUGGCUCUAACAUCAAAGUUGAAUUUAGUCCUUCAGGAUGCCCAUGUGGAGGUUGCUUUACCUGCCGGCGAGGAUGUGAACGCAGUUGGAAAUCUGAAGAAAGCGGCAAUUCUGCUUAUUGAUGAUGUCUCUUUGCUCGAAAACCCACAGAAACCAGGCCCCUCGAGGCACCGCGGAUCAGAUGUUCAAAGACAGACAGAUAUGGUGUCGACCAUGUGCUCUAAAGGCUUCGUGAAUAUCUGUCAGAUCUCUUCGGCGAGGGCUACGGUUGAAGCUACGGCAGGGCCCACCGGGGAGAUGCAUGUCGACAUAGAGCUCCGAGAUGAUCUGUUGGUUCUUGAGACUUGCGCAGAUUCUACCCAUACUCUGAUUGCGCUUUCCGGUGCCUUGAAACCCCCGACUCCACCGAGCCGGGAGGUUAAAUUCAAGACCGAGAUCAUUCCUAUGCAAGACAUGUUAGCAUCCAUCACAGCCGAUGCCUUCGGCAGGGCGGAAGGCGACUAUAACUUCGACGAUGACUUCGCUAUUGCCCAAGAAAUUGGUGGCGGGGACGACAUGUCGGAAGGAGAAAUUGUAGGCUCGAGUCCUUUGGAAAUCGAGCCAAAAUACUUCGCCGAUCAGCCUGCUGUUGCUGAAAGCAUCUUCGACGCUACAUCAUCAUCUUUGAUAUCAGCCCCCACGAUCACUCAGGACAGGGCUGAAGAUCCCAUCCCCUCGCAGCCUGACUCACUCGAGGAUUUUGGCUCAAACUCAGAGAUUGAAAUCGAAGAAAACUACUUUGGACAGGAUCCUACAGCACCUGGAGACGCUCACCACUGGAACUCGGCCAAGAACAGGUACGAUGAAGCGAAGAAAGCUAGGGUGCCGAAGAGCCCGCUGAAUGUGAGGGUGCGAGACGUCCACGUCAUAUGGAAUCUCUUUGAUGGCUACGACUGGCAGCAUACUCGAGAGGCCAUUACGAAGACGGUGGAAGAAGUCGAGACCAAGGCAUACGAACGCCGCUCCCGAGCCGGCCGAAGAUCCCUGGACGAAGCGGAUUUCGACGACCAGGACGUUGUCGGAGACUGCCUAUUCAAUUCCAUCUACGUUAGCAUUCCUGCAAAUCAUGACCCUCGUGAGUUGGUUGGAGGUAUCAAUCAUCAAUUGGACGACGCAGAGUCGAUAGCAACCACCUCGGUCACUACGACCACAACUCGAACGGUUACUGGCCAAUUCCGGUCCAGGGCAAAGAAGUUGCGCCUCAACAGGAGCAGGCGCCACAAGAUCACAUUUGAGUUGCAGGGCGUCAAUAUUGACCUCAUCAAGUUACCGCCAGGAUCGGGCGAAACAGACACCUCCAUUGAUGUUCGUGUUCAGAAUCUGGUUGUUUUCGACCAUGUCCCAACCUCCACUUGGAAAAAGUUUGCCACGUAUGAUCUAGACGCUGGCGAGCGCGAGCUCGGUGCCAACAUGGUGCAUCUCGAAGUACUUCUUGUCAAACCGGUUCCCGAGCUAGCGGCUGUCGAAUUCGUCCUCAAGGCCAACGUCCUACCACUUCGAUUGCAUGUCGACCAGGAUGCACUCGAAUUCAUUGAGCGUUUCUUUCAGUUCAAAGACGAAUCGCAGAUGCCAUCUGACCCUUCUCCGAGUGAUGAAGCAUUUAUCCAACGCGCCGAGAUCAAUGCCAUACCCGUCACGUUGGACUUCAAACCCAAGAGGGUGGACUAUGCGGGCCUUCGGGGCGGGCGCACGUCGGAGUUCAUGAAUUUCGUGAUCCUUGAGAGGGCCCGCAUGACGCUGCGGCACACCAUCGUCUAUGGCACCACAGGAUGGGAGCGGCUGGGAAAUACCCUCAAUGACAUAUGGACGCCAGACGUGAAACGCACGCAGCUCGCCAGUGUGCUCGCUGGUGUUGCUCCGGUCCGCCACCUGGUCAAUGUCGGAAGCGGCUUCCGUGAUCUCAUCGAGAUACCCAUAAAGGAAUACAAGAAGGAUGGACGGAUCGUGCGCAGCAUCGGCAAAGGCGCGGCGGCUUUUGCCCGCACGACAGGGACCGAGAUUGUCAAAUUGGGCGCAAAGAUGGCGGUUGGCACCCAGUAUGUUCUCCAAGGCGCAGAGGAUAUGUUGAGCAAAACAUCGGGCGAAGGAGGCUCGACUGUUGGUGAGACAGCAGCGCUCCAGACGGGGUGGGAGGAAGAAGACAUGGAACCAGAGGAGAAGAAGCAGAUCUCUCUGUAUGCAGAUCAACCCACAGGCGUCGUCCAGGGCCUGCGACACGCCUACAGCAGCCUUGCCCGGGAUCUCAACGUGGCCAGGGACGCGGUUAUUGCUGUCCCAGGCGAAGUGCUUGAGAGGGGAGCCGCGAGAACUGUCAUGAGCAGAGCGCCGACCAUCAUCUUCCGGCCGGCCAUCGGAGCCACUCGGGCGGUUGGGCAGGCGCUCAUGGGGGCGACCAAUGCUUUAGAUCCGGAAAACCUUAGAAGGGCAGAAGACAAAUACAAGCCCGGCCCCGGACGAUAG